GAGAAAGAAGGAAGAAAAGAAGCGUGAAAAGAACAAGCUCAUAUUUAUGAGAAAUACUCAUAUCCCCGCGAAAAUUGUACAAUCAAUGACGUCGACCUCUUGGUAAUCUCGGUCUAUGUGCGAUCGACCCACAGUUGCUCGUAUAAGAAAUAUCCUGAAAGUUUGAGAAAGCAUGGUCUGACGACAAGGUGGCAGCAUGAGACCAUUAAAUCAUCCGAGAAGACGAUGGAAAAUGCAAUCUUUGAGGUAUCUCCUCAAGUCCCAUCUGUUCCUCUUCCUGUUCUUCUUCGUCACAUCGAGUCUUCAAUCGCGGCCGACGAUAGCAGAUAUCACAGCCAGAGAUAUGGCGAAGAACACGGUGGACCUGUUGGAGGCAGUACGAAUGCAGCAGAAACCGCUCGGGGUAACGAGCGCGCAGGGUCGUUGUAGAAAUGGCACGACUGCGUACGAUAUCGCUGAAACCGCGUUCCUCACUAUUAAUACCAAUACGCUGUUUCCGGCCGGCAUGCCGCAAGAUUUCUCCGUCUUGAUCACCGCGAAGCUAAGGACUACUUACCCCAAAUCUACGCUCUUCACCAUCUACAGCGACAACGGUAACGAUCAGCUGGCUCUGUCGUUGGGGCGCGACAUCAGCCUCUUGUACAACACUGGCUCGAACGAUCAUCGGAGGUUAAUCUCGUUCGACGUCGACAUCUCCGAUGGCAAGUGGCAUCGGCUGGGAGUCAGCGUCAAAGGUGACGCCGUCACAAUCAUUCUCGACUGCAAUAGGCAAAUGACGAGAGAGCUGCGGAGAAAUCCCGAGGAGAUUAUCAGCAUCGCCGGUAUCGUCACCGUCGGUCGGCAACUUAAGCAUGACGGCUUGUAUUUGGGAAGCCUCGAGAUGUUGAAAAUCGCCUCGAAUCCAGAUGCCGCCUAUGAAAUCUGCACGGUAUUUGCACCAGACUGUAGACACCAGUGGAGACAAAGAUUGAGUCACAGCUCUUUACUGAGUAGCAAUCGGAGCCAAGAGUCAUCUGGAACACAAUCCACGUCCUCUACUUAUUACAAAAGCUCUGAAAUAACUGCUAAACAGCCGAAUCAUACUUCCGCUUCUUCCAGCGGCAGCUUUUCAAUUGCUGCUAUAUCGCAUCGAGAACCGGAGAACCUGGACGCAAACCUCUCCACUUAUAAUCGCUAUAACGAUCCGGCGAUCUCCUCCAUAUUCAAUAACGCAUUUGAAAGACUGAAAGAUUACGAGAGCGCGAUAGGUGAAAACGAAUAUGAUUACAACGAGGAGGAUUUAGGCGAAGAUGGCAACGGAAACUUCCGCGGUUUCUCUUCUGGUGGUAUUGCGAAUAUAACUUACGUAUUGAAACCGACGAUGGAGAUUUUUGUCGGAAAUCACACGGUGUCUAAUGAAGUACAGACAACAACGACCAUCGCGAACGUGUUCGAAGCAGAAUCAAGUUACGAGGAUAAUCACGAAAACCUUCCCACAGUGAGUCUUUACGAACAAUGGUCGUAUUACGACAACGAGCAUUACAACGCUCAUCGUGGUCCACCGGGAUCCCGCGGUUUCCCAGGGCCGCCGGGAUUACCCGGACUACCGGGUAAAAAGGGUGAACCUGGCCGAGAUGGAUUGGCUGGACUGCAAGGUGCACCCGGCCCGCCGGGCAAUGUCUUCGUGAUGCCGCAGUUGAGCCCACAAGGUAACGAAAAGGGACCAGACUCGCAGGCGGAAGCGCUGAGACAGAUGUUGUCGCAGCACAUGCUCACGAUGAGAGGUACGGAGGGCCCGAUGGGCCUCACCGGCACACCAGGACUUGAGGGACCGUCCGGACCUCAGGGUCAGAAAGGAGAACCCGGUGACAUCGGCGAACCUGGUCCCAGAGGAGAAAGAGGAAUCCCCGGAAAUUCCGGUAGAGAGGGAAGAAGAGGUCGUCCUGGCAGAGACGGUGAACGAGGUCUCGGUGGACCGCCAGGGGUAAAAGGCGAGCAAGGGCUAAUAGGAUUACCGGGUCUUCCUGGAGAUAAAGGUGAACGAGGACUUCCGGGGAUAUCCGGAGAACCGGGUUUGCCGGGUCAUGAGGGAAUACAGGGUGAGGAUGGCCCUCCCGGUUUACCAGGUUUACCCGGUGAAUUAGGUCCGAGAGGAUUUAUCGGACCAAGAGGUUUUCCUGGAGUACCGGGUAAUCCUGGCAUUCCUGGAAACGAAGGACCGCCCGGUGUUAAAGGCAACGCCGGCCCACCGGGUCCUGCUGGUGCGCUAGGUCAACCAGGACCCAUAGGUCCAGUGGGGCCACCUGGAUCUCAAGGUCUGCUAGGACCGACCGGUCUAGCCGGUCCGCAAGGGAAACCCGGAAUCCCCGGUCUUCCGGGUGCGGAUGGAUCUCCAGGUCUUCCGGGUAAUUCUGGAGUGCCUGGAGUGAAGGGUGAACAAGGUCCGCCAGGUCCACAAGGACCUAUAGGUUUUCCAGGCGUGCGCGGUAUAAAAGGCGACGAAGGGCAGCGCGGUCCGCCUGGUGAACGUGGCGAGAAGGGCGAGAAAGGAUUAGAGGGCGAAAAAGGCGACGUUGGAGUGAAAGGGGAACCUGGAACAACGGGACCGCAGGGUAUCCCGGGCCUCGAAGGAUUGGAGGGACCAAAGGGCUUCGAAGGGCCGCGCGGUGAGACUGGACCUGCUGGCGCGGCUGGUGAGAAGGGCAAAAUUGGUGUAUCUGGGUUCGCUGGCUAUCCUGGAAAUCCUGGAGAAAAGGGAGAUAAAGGGCAACCGGGGAAGCAAGGUCCUAGCGGUGAUAAAGGCGAAAGGGGGAAUAACGGACUGCAAGGAGAACGCGGUGAAAUAGGGCCACGAGGUUUCAGAGGAGCUCGUGGGAGAAGAGGUUCGGAAGGAUUACCAGGUCCGAAGGGCGACACCGGUCAACCAGGACCCCCAGGACUACCAGGAGAGGUCGGUCCUCCAGGUGUCGAAGGUCCGCGUGGUUUUGUGGGACCACCUGGUUCUCUGGGUCUCGACGGUAAAGACGGUAUACCAGGUCCACCUGGUGAACGUGGUCCGAUUGGAGAGUCUGGACCUCCGGGAUCCCCGGGAGUUCCUGGCGUUAUUGGUCUUCAAGGACCAAUAGGAGAAACUGGACAAUCUGGUGAACCUGGAGCGCCAGGCAGCCCGGGACUUCCGGGAGAAAUUGGUCCACCGGGUGAACAAGGGAAAGAAGGACCGCCAGGUCCAAUUGGUUUAACGGGACCAGCAGGACCGCCGGGUCCUGGAGGAUUACCAGGAUUUCCAGGAGGGAUUAGCUGGUUUGAAAGGAGAGAUAGGUCCCAUCGGAGCUCAAGGACGUCCGGCGAUAAGGGUGCUCAAGGUGAAUCUGGUAAGGAUGGGUCACCAGGUUUAGAAGGCAGGCAAGGACCUGAAGGUCCGCCAGGGCCUGUUGGGCUUAAAGGAGACAGGGGUGAGCCUGGAUUGGCUGGACCUACUGGUCGCGACGGUCUGCCGGGCAAAGAGGAUUACCAGGACCACCUGGACAGUCGGCGAGUACCGGGAGAAGACGGUGAUAAAGGCGACAUAGGUCCACCCGGCGAAAAAGGAUUUAAAGGAUCCCAAGGAGAAAUGGGUCCUCCGGGUCCGCAAGGUAUCCAAGGACCGCGCGGUGAACCUGGCUUGAUGGGUCCUUUUGGAGAGAAGGGACCACCCGGCGAGAUGGGACGGCAAGGGCCUAAAGGCGAAGAAGGUCCGGCCGGAGCGAUUGGUCUAGCUGGACCUAUCGGAUCGCAAGGUCUACCGGUGUCCGCCAGGUACAAAAGGCGAAGUUGGAGAUUCUGGAACCACCGGACCAAUGGGUCACCAGGUGCUCCGGGAGAACGGGGUCCUAAGGGUCCGAAGGGAUUUAAAGGUGGCAGCAUGAGACCAUUAAAUCAUCCGAGAAGACGAUGGAAAAUGCAAUCUUUGAGGUAUCUCCUCAAGUCCCAUCUGUUCCUCUUCCUGUUCUUCUUCGUCACAUCGAGUCUUCAAUCGCGGCCGACGAUAGCAGAUAUCACAGCCAGAGAUAUGGAACUUUACUACCAGCAUGCCUUCCGCAUACGUAGAAAAUCCAUCCGAUCGUACGAUCUGACAUAUACGUUCUCUGAUCUGUCUCGAAGAAAUUUUCUUAUGCGAAUAUAUGUCUCACAUAUGAUAUCCCGAUCACUUCCGCGACUUUCCCACUUACCACCACUGAUUUUUAUUUCAGCGAAGAACACGGUGGACCUGUUGGAGGCAGUACGAAUGCAGCAGAAACCGCUCGGGGUAACGAGCGCGCAGGGUCGUUGUAGAAAUGGCACGACUGCGUACGAUAUCGCUGAAACCGCGUUCCUCACUAUUAAUACCAAUACGCUGUUUCCGGCCGGCAUGCCGCAAGAUUUCUCCGUCUUGAUCACCGCGAAGCUAAGGACUACUUACCCCAAAUCUACGCUCUUCACCAUCUACAGCGACAACGGUAACGAUCAGCUGGCUCUGUCGUUGGGGCGCGACAUCAGCCUCUUGUACAACACUGGCUCGAACGAUCAUCGGAGGUUAAUCUCGUUCGACGUCGACAUCUCCGAUGGCAAGUGGCAUCGGCUGGGAGUCAGCGUCAAAGGUGACGCCGUCACAAUCAUUCUCGACUGCAAUAGGCAAAUGACGAGAGAGCUGCGGAGAAAUCCCGAGGAGAUUAUCAGCAUCGCCGGUAUCGUCACCGUCGGUCGGCAACUUAAGCAUGACGGCUUGUAUUUGGGAAGCCUCGAGAUGUUGAAAAUCGCCUCGAAUCCAGAUGCCGCCUAUGAAAUCUGCACGGUAUUUGCACCAGACUGUAGACACCAGUGGAGACAAAGAUUGAGUCACAGCUCUUUACUGAGUAGCAAUCGGAGCCAAGAGUCAUCUGGAACACAAUCCACGUCCUCUACUUAUUACAAAAGCUCUGAAAUAACUGCUAAACAGCCGAAUCAUACUUCCGCUUCUUCCAGCGGCAGCUUUUCAAUUGCUGCUAUAUCGCAUCGAGAACCGGAGAACCUGGACGCAAACCUCUCCACUUAUAAUCGCUAUAACGAUCCGGCGAUCUCCUCCAUAUUCAAUAACGCAUUUGAAAGACUGAAAGAUUACGAGAGCGCGAUAGGUGAAAACGAAUAUGAUUACAACGAGGAGGAUUUAGGCGAAGAUGGCAACGGAAACUUCCGCGGUUUCUCUUCUGGUGGUAUUGCGAAUAUAACUUACGUAUUGAAACCGACGAUGGAGAUUUUUGUCGGAAAUCACACGGUGUCUAAUGAAGUACAGACAACAACGACCAUCGCGAACGUGUUCGAAGCAGAAUCAAGUUACGAGGAUAAUCACGAAAACCUUCCCACAGUGAGUCUUUACGAACAAUGGUCGUAUUACGACAACGAGCAUUACAACGCUCAUCGUGGUCCACCGGGAUCCCGCGGUUUCCCAGGGCCGCCGGGAUUACCCGGACUACCGGGUAAAAAGGGUGAACCUGGCCGAGAUGGAUUGGCUGGACUGCAAGGUGCACCCGGCCCGCCGGGCAAUGUCUUCGUGAUGCCGCAGUUGAGCCCACAAGGUAACGAAAAGGGACCAGACUCGCAGGCGGAAGCGCUGAGACAGAUGUUGUCGCAGCACAUGCUCACGAUGAGAGGUACGGAGGGCCCGAUGGGCCUCACCGGCACACCAGGACUUGAGGGACCGUCCGGACCUCAGGGUCAGAAAGGAGAACCCGGUGACAUCGGCGAACCUGGUCCCAGAGGAGAAAGAGGAAUCCCCGGAAAUUCCGGUAGAGAGGGAAGAAGAGGUCGUCCUGGCAGAGACGGUGAACGAGGUCUCGGUGGACCGCCAGGGGUAAAAGGCGAGCAAGGGCUAAUAGGAUUACCGGGUCUUCCUGGAGAUAAAGGUGAACGAGGACUUCCGGGGAUAUCCGGAGAACCGGGUUUGCCGGGUCAUGAGGGAAUACAGGGUGAGGAUGGCCCUCCCGGUUUACCAGGUUUACCCGGUGAAUUAGGUCCGAGAGGAUUUAUCGGACCAAGAGGUUUUCCUGGAGUACCGGGUAAUCCUGGCAUUCCUGGAAACGAAGGACCGCCCGGUGUUAAAGGCAACGCCGGCCCACCGGGUCCUGCUGGUGCGCUAGGUCAACCAGGACCCAUAGGUCCAGUGGGGCCACCUGGAUCUCAAGGUCUGCUAGGACCGACCGGUCUAGCCGGUCCGCAAGGGAAACCCGGAAUCCCCGGUCUUCCGGGUGCGGAUGGAUCUCCAGGUCUUCCGGGUAAUUCUGGAGUGCCUGGAGUGAAGGGUGAACAAGGUCCGCCAGGUCCACAAGGACCUAUAGGUUUUCCAGGCGUGCGCGGUAUAAAAGGCGACGAAGGGCAGCGCGGUCCGCCUGGUGAACGUGGCGAGAAGGGCGAGAAAGGAUUAGAGGGCGAAAAAGGCGACGUUGGAGUGAAAGGGGAACCUGGAACAACGGGACCGCAGGGUAUCCCGGGCCUCGAAGGAUUGGAGGGACCAAAGGGCUUCGAAGGGCCGCGCGGUGAGACUGGACCUGCUGGCGCGGCUGGUGAGAAGGGCAAAAUUGGUGUAUCUGGGUUCGCUGGCUAUCCUGGAAAUCCUGGAGAAAAGGGAGAUAAAGGGCAACCGGGGAAGCAAGGUCCUAGCGGUGAUAAAGGCGAAAGGGGGAAUAACGGACUGCAAGGAGAACGCGGUGAAAUAGGGCCACGAGGUUUCAGAGGAGCUCGUGGGAGAAGAGGUUCGGAAGGAUUACCAGGUCCGAAGGGCGACACCGGUCAACCAGGACCCCCAGGACUACCAGGAGAGGUCGGUCCUCCAGGUGUCGAAGGUCCGCGUGGUUUUGUGGGACCACCUGGUUCUCUGGGUCUCGACGGUAAAGACGGUAUACCAGGUCCACCUGGUGAACGUGGUCCGAUUGGAGAGUCUGGACCUCCGGGAUCCCCGGGAGUUCCUGGCGUUAUUGGUCUUCAAGGACCAAUAGGAGAAACUGGACAAUCUGGUGAACCUGGAGCGCCAGGCAGCCCGGGACUUCCGGGAGAAAUUGGUCCACCGGGUGAACAAGGGAAAGAAGGACCGCCAGGUCCAAUUGGUUUAACGGGACCAGCAGGACCGCCGGGUCCUGGAGGAUUACCAGGAUUUCCAGGAGAAAGAGGACUGAGUGGUUUGCCAGGAUUAGCUGGUUUGAAAGGAGAGAUAGGUCCCAUCGGAGCUCAAGGACCGUCCGGCGAUAAGGGUGCUCAAGGUGAAUCUGGUAAGGAUGGGUCACCAGGUUUAGAAGGCAGGCAAGGACCUGAAGGUCCGCCAGGGCCUGUUGGGCUUAAAGGAGACAGGGGUGAGCCUGGAUUGGCUGGACCUACUGGUCGCGACGGUCUGCCGGGGCAAAGAGGAUUACCAGGACCACCUGGACCAGUCGGAGUACCGGGAGAAGACGGUGAUAAAGGCGACAUAGGUCCACCCGGCGAAAAAGGAUUUAAAGGAUCCCAAGGAGAAAUGGGUCCUCCGGGUCCGCAAGGUAUCCAAGGACCGCGCGGUGAACCUGGCUUGAUGGGUCCUUUUGGAGAGAAGGGACCACCCGGCGAGAUGGGACGGCAAGGGCCUAAAGGCGAAGAAGGUCCGGCCGGAGCGAUUGGUCUAGCUGGACCUAUCGGAUCGCAAGGUCUACCGGGUCCGCCAGGUACAAAAGGCGAAGUUGGAGAUUCUGGAACCACCGGACCAAUGGGGUCACCAGGUGCUCCGGGAGAACGGGGUCCUAAGGGUCCGAAGGGAUUUAAAGGUACGCAGGGUUCAUCAGGCCCGGAAGGCCGCCAAGGUGUGAAAGGAGAUAAUGGGAGUUCAGGGCCUCCCGGUGUACCAGGAGCAGUGGGUAAACAGGGAGAAAGAGGUUUCCCCGGAGCGAAAGGUGAGGAAGGCAAAGCAGGUUCAUCCGGCCAUCCGGGACUUCGAGGAUUAAUCGGACCCGAAGGACCGAAAGGUAAUGUAGGACUACCUGGCUUUCCCGGCCCUCCCGGAGAACCUGGUCUCACGGGCGCAAAAGGCGAGGCUGGAAAGGAUGGCGAGGACGGACAUAUUGGCGACGCCGGUUCACCGGGCGAAGCUGGACCGCUCGGCAAGGAAGGAUUACCUGGUCCUCCCGGAAAAUCGGGUCCAGAAGGACCGGCAGGGCUACAAGGUAACACAGGUUUACCAGGAGAAAAAGGAGAUGUAGGUUUACCUGGACCGCCAGGACCUCAAGGACACGUCGGUCCUCAAGGUUUACCUGGCCCACCUGGUUUGCCAGGAGUAAGAGGUUUGCCAGGAGCAGCGGGGGAAAAUGGACCACCGGGUAUAGCUGGUGCUGUCGGUGUUUCGGGUAAAGUUGGACCGGUCGGCCCGAAAGGUCCGAAAGGCGACAAGGGUCGCAGAGGUGUUAAAGGACACCGGGGUGAUUUAGGACAUGUCGGAAUCAAAGGUGAUCAAGGAGAGCAGGGUGAGAAAGGUUUGCGAGGACAAAUCGGACACGAAGGGCCCAAAGGAAGCCCCGGACCUGCCGGUCCAGUUGGAUCGAAAGGCAAUGAUGGUCCUCCGGGUUUACCUGGUAUGGAGGGUACGCCUGGACCGAAAGGAAACACCGGGAACGAUGGAACGAAAGGCGAUGCGGGUCCAACGGGCCCACCGGGACCGCCCGGUCCACCAGCGGAGCAGCCUAUGAUCCCGCCGGAACUGCUGUUUGCCAGAGGUCAAUUGGCCAGAAGAAGACGUGACGUUUCGGCAAACGAGGAUGAAGAGGAAGAAAAAGUUGACGAGAACAAGAACGAGCAACAAGAAAAUAAGAAUGGACAAUCGGAAGAGGAACUGGGUCCCGAAUUCUUAGACAUGUACAGCUCUAUUUACGCCAUGCGACAAGCAUUAGAUCGGAUACGCAAGCCGACUGGUACCAGAGCAAAUCCAGUGAGGACGUGCAGAGAUCUGUUUUAUGGGCAUCCUCACUUCAAGGAUGGUUGGUACUGGAUUGACCCGAAUCUAGGCAUGCCGGACGACGCGAUCUACGUGUACUGCAACAUCUCCAGCAUGGGUGAGACCUGUGUGUUUCCCGAUGUUCAUAGUAGCCAAAUGCCGAACAUACCAUGGAGGAAAGAGAAUAACAAGAGCGACUGGUAUUCGCACUUGCGCGGAGGAUUCCGAAUUACUUAUGAAUCGAUCGGAGUGGUACAGUUGAACUUCCUGCGUCUCCUCAGCCAAGAAGUCUACCAAAACUUCACUUAUACGUGCAUGAACAGCGUCGCCUGGUACAACAGUGACCAGUCGAGCCACAGUUAUGACCUCUCACUGCGAUUACUCGGCGAUAAUGAGGAAGUGUUCUCGUACAACGGCACCAGGCCGCAUGUUCUUGUGGAUGGUUGCAGAAAUCGCAAGAGCAAGGCCGAAACCGUGUUUUUGAUUCGCACUAGGAAACCGCAACAGUUGCCGUUGGUUGACUUUUAUCCGAUCGACUACGGUUCGCCGCAUCAGGCUUUCGGCUUCACGGUCGGACCAGUUUGCUUCAAGUGAAGAUCCAAGCGAGAAUCGUGUAAUUAUCGUGACCAUUCGAUAAUUAUAUCUGUAAUCACACUCACGUACACACAUGUCACGUUUAGCCCAUAUGAUUUCUGAAGAACAAACUUGUAAGAGAUACAAAUAGGAUAUAUU